AUGGAGUGUGACGCUCCACGCAUAUAUCUUCGUCCCCCUGCCACGAAACUUGAUUAUCUUGUUUCUAUCGCUUCAUCAAUUUGGCGACUAGGAACUGACUUGGGCAGGCAUCUGCUUUUCAAAUUGGGUUGUAUUGCGCCCCCUGCCUUCAUAUCACUGCUUUUGAUAUUGGGUUGUAUUGCGCCCCCAGCUGCCUUCAUAUCUUUCGAAUGUGGAAUAUGUCUUGAAGAACAUGAAGUGCGCAAGGGCGUUAUGAUUUCUAAUUGCGAACAUCCAUUUUGCCAAGAUUGCCUUCUUGGCCAUGUCAAGACCAAAUUAACUGAAAGCCAGUACCCAAUACGAUGCCCAACAUGUUCUACUGAACGGGGCAGGCUUGAUACAGGAACGGUUGACCGGCGUACUAUAGAACAAUUGCCCAUUUCUGAACAUGACAUCGACAAGUUCGAAGAGUUGCAAAUUUUGGUGCACUCUGUUAAACUCACCUGCCCAAAGUGCAACGAGACCAUGUUCGUGCUUCGUAGUGAUUACUUUGACCAAAAGGUCAUCACAUGUCCCGUGCCAAAGUGCCGACACAGGUUUUGCAAAACCUGUGGAAAGCGACUUGGAAUCUGGGCCGCCAAUUGGCACGCUUGCACGGACGAUGCGAAAUUGGAUCGCCUCGUGCGGAAAUAUGGAUGGCGCUACUGUCCUGGCUGUCACAUACCUAUUCAGAAAGAGUCCGGUUGUAACCACAUGACUUGUGUGGGAUGUUACAUGCAUUUCUGUUAUAGAUGCGGCGAAGCUAUUGGAUCUUCAUUGGGGGGUCAAGAUGUUGGACGUGCAGUAACCACACACUACUCGUCUUGCGUUCAGUUUGAACCAUUCCCUAGACACGUCCGGAGUUGUACCAUUCAAUGA